AUGACCAACAACCCGAGCAUCACCUCUCAUAUCAACGCUGCCGUGGGUCCUCUCCCUACUAAGGCUCCCAAACUUGCGUCUAACGUGUUGGAUUUAUUUUCUCUCAAGGGUAAGGUAGCUUCCAUUACUGGCUCUUCAGCCGGGAUAGGUCUUGCUGUAGCCGAGGCAUACGCUCAGGCUGGUGCUGAUGUUGCAAUCUGGUACAACUCCCAGCCUGCUAAGGAAAAGGCCGACAAGAUAGCCAAGACGUAUGGUGUACGUUGCAGAGCUUAUAAGUGUAAUGUUUCAGAUCAGCAGGAUGUUGAAACCACUGUGGCUCAGAUCGAGGCUGACUUUGGCACCAUAGAUAUCUUUGUUGCCAAUGCCGGUGUUCCCUGGACUGAAGGCGAAAGUGUAGAAAUUGACAACUUUGACUCCUGGAAAAAGGUCAUAGACUUAGACUUGUCUGGGGCUUACUACUGUGCACAUGCGGCUGGUAAGAUCUUUAAGAAAAACGGCAAGGGCUCCAUGAUUUUCACCGCUUCUAUGUCUGGUCACAUUGUGAAUAUUCCUCAAUUCCAGGCUCCUUACAACGCUGCCAAGGCUGCGGUGUUGCACUUGAGCAAAUCGUUGGCUAUAGAAUGGGCUCCUUUUGCCAGAGUCAAUACGAUUUCGCCAGGAUACAUUGUCACCGAGAUCUCGGACUUUGUCUCAGACGACAUCAAGUCCAAGUGGUGGCAGUUUAUUCCUCUUGGUAGAGAGGGAGUCACACAAGAGUUGGUUGGUGCCUACUUGUACUUUGCUUCUGAUGCCUCUACAUAUACUACGGGAUCAGAUCUUAUCGUCGAUGGAGGCUACUGUGCGCCAUAG